AGCUCGAACUCACGUGAUCUAUCUACUAACUUCUCAUUGGCUUGGACCAUCACAUGAGAAAAAAAAGUAAAAUACGGUAGAAGGAAGUACGGUCCCUGCAGGAUCCCGGUAAAACUGUCCCACACGUGUCCUGUCUUACAGUCUUCGGUCCAGUUACUUUACCUGCAGAGAUCCGGAGGAGAGUCCGGCUGCAGCGGAGAGCCUGACCCGAGCUAGAGAAUGUCUGAAGAGGUUCCAUAUGAGGGGGACCGGCCCCAGUCCCCCCAGUCUGCCACCCAACUUCAGUCCACCCAGUCCCCAUCCCAGGCCCAGUCCACCCAGUCCCCAUCCCAGGCCCAGUCCACCCAGUCCCCCUCCCAGUCUAAGUCCCAGUCCCAGCCUGGUUCUAGUUCUUCCAGCGGGCCGACCUCAGGCAGCCAGUCGUCCAGCGGCUCAGGGACUCUGAGCAGCAUGGACACCAUCCCUGUCACCCUGCCGUCCGUCCCCGAGGAGCCGGAGCCACAACCCUGGGGCCGCCUGCUGCCCAUGGCCCAAGGCUUCAGGAGCCACGACUGUCUAGACGAGCAGUACCUGUUUGGACGGGACUCCAAGUGUAACUACGUCCUCGAUGAUCCUGAUGAUCGAGGAUCCAAAAAGUUCAGAAUCUACAGCAAGAAACACUUUAGGAUCUACAGAGAGGGCAAUGAGGUGUUUGUGGAGGACUACAGUAAUAAUGGGACGUUUGUAGACGGGAUCCUGAUCGGUAAAAACAGGAAGCUUCCUCUCGUCAACAACGCCGUUCUGGCUCUGGCUGAACAACGUAACAAAGUCUUUGUCUUCAUUGAUCUCAUGUCUGAUGAUCAGUCCAGUUUACCUAAAGAGCUUCAGGAGAAAUAUCUGCUGACUCGACGCAUCGGCACAGGAGUGUGUGGGGAAGUGAAACUGGCCUUCGAGAGAUCGACCUGCAAGAAAUUUGCAGUGAAAAUAAUAAACAAGAAGAACUUUCAGUCUGAGGGGACAGCGACACGAAACGCAAAGACAGAGAUCGAGAUUCUCCAGAGGAUCGACCAUCCUUGUCUCAUAAAGACGGAGGACUUUUAUCAGACGGAGGACAGUUACUACAUCGUGUUGGAGCUGAUGGAGGGAGGAGAACUGUUCCACAGAGUCAAGUCUCAGCAGCGGCUCCGCGAGUCUGUUGCCAAACUCUACUUCUACCAGAUGCUCAGAGCGGUCCAGUACCUCCACAGUAACGGGAUCAUCCACAGGGACCUGAAACCAGAGAACAUCCUGCUGUCCUCACAGGACGACGUCUGUCUCAUCAAGGUGACGGACUUUAACCAGUCCAGGAUCCUGGAGGAGGCCGUGUUGAUGAGGACUCUGUGUGGGACUCCAUCUUACCUGGCUCCUGAAGUCUUCACCCAUGCCUCCACCACAGGAUACGGCCUCGCUGUGGACGCCUGGAGCCUUGGAGUCCUGAUCUUCGUUUGUUUUGCCUUAAGCGUUUACCUGUCUCUCCUCUCUACCCGUCUCUCACUCAGUCUGGGUGGUUAUCCCCCAUUUCAUGAGAGUUUUGAUCAACAGUCAGUCACCGAUCAAAUCAUCAGGGGACAGUUUCAUAUGGUUCAGUCCAAGUGGAAAGACGUCUCCGACCAAGCGAAGGAUGUGGUGAGGAAGCUGCUGGUCGUUGAUCCCAGUAAGAGGAUGACUAUAGAGGAAGCUCUGCAGCACCCCUGGUUACAGGAUCACGUGAUGGUGGAGACGGCUCACAGACUGAUGUACCCCGCUGGAGACGCUGCUGCUGCUGUCACGGUAACCGCACGCGACCCGCCCCCUGACUCCUCUCGGCUACAGGAGGCAGGGUCAGCCUCGGGUUCCUCCAGGAGGAAACGAAGACGAGAUGAAGGAGACGAGGAGGAGGAGGGACAUCCGGCCAAACGGAGCCAGGCCCCGGCCCCGGCCCCGGCCCCACUGUAGUGGACCAAUCAGAUUCAGCUGCUGCCCAGGUCAUGUGACCAGGCUACCUGUUCACUACUGAAACAC